AUGGACUUCCUCAAUACUCUUCUCCAACGGCCCAGCGUCAUCGCGGACCGUCUCCAGGACAAUGUCACCCAGCCUCCAGCCGUCAACGCUUCCGUUAGAUAUGGCCUCACCCAGCAGCCCGUCGCCAGCUCGACCGCGUGGCUGGUCGGCGUCCCUGCCGUCCUUGGUCUCUGGGUCAUCCUGUGCUCCUCCCUCCGCUUCAGGAAUGAGAAGGCCAUGCUCCGCCGUUAUAACUACCCAACCCGGGCUUCUCUCGCCAAGAUGACCAACGAUGAUGCCCAGCAGAUCGUGAAGUACAUCUUGGACUACGGAUUCCCGCUCAUCUAUAAGCUAUCGCUGCAAUUUGGUCUCUUCAAAACCUACGCCUUCUCUACGAUUUCUUCCCUUCUGGCACACACCAAAUCCUUCUCGGAUCCCACUAUGGCACCUAAGCGUUAUGAGGAUACGACUAUUAUAUUUGGCGAUUUCAGCGUCAACCCGCCUACAUCUGAGCGCGCCAUCCAAGCCAUCGCACGAAUGAACUACCUGCACAGCCCCUACAAGAAGGCCGGCAAGAUUUCCAAUACGGAUCUGCUCUACACCCUUUCAGUGACUAUCAUCCAGCCCAUCGAAUUCAUCGGGCUCUAUGAAUGGCGUCCCCUGAACGACAUGGAGGUCUGCGCCAUCGGCGCCUUCUGGAAGAGUAUCGGCGACGCCAUGGAGAUCGAAUACAAGGGUUAUCUUACCCAGGACGACUGGAAGGAUGGCAUCGAGUUCGUCGAUGACAUCACCGCCUGGGCCAAGCGCUAUGAGGUUAACGACAUGAAGCCACACCCGAGCAACAGGACCCUCGCCGACGCGCUAAUAGGGAUGCUGCUUCCCUUUAUCCCGGCAGCUGAUUUCGCGAUGCAGAUCGUGACCGUACUGAUGGGCGACCGCAUGCGUGAGGCGUUCAUGUAUCCCCAGCCCGGACUCUUCGCCUGCUUUGUGACAUAUGCCUCUCUCAUCCUCCGCCGCUUCAUCCUGCGCUACUUCUGCCUCCCACGCCUGAAGCCCAUAAUCUUUUUCUCCGAGGAGGCUGACCCCGUCACCGGCCGCGUCAAGCACUUCGACUACCUGCUUGAGCCGUUCUACAACCCCUCGACCUUCUGGAGCCGCUGGGGGCCGAUAGCAUUGGUCUUCCGCCUGAUGGGGGGGACGGUUCCCGGUUCGCCGGAGUUUUUACCCGAAGGCUUCAUCCCUAUGGAUUUGGGGCCGAAGAACAGGAUGGGCAAGGGGGCUGAAGAGAUGGAAAUUGAUAUGGCGAGGAUAAGGGCGACACGCCCUUCUGGUUGUCCAUUUUCAGCUCACUUGGCCUGA